AUGAAAUUCUCUCGUGUGUUUUUGUUUGUUUUCGCUUGUCUGGUCGCUUUGAGCGCAGUCAGCGCCGCGCCAGAACCGAGAUGGAAGUUCUUCAAGAAGAUUGAAAAAGUGGGCCGUAACAUCCGAGAUGGUAUCAUCAAAGCAGGCCCCGCUAUCGAGGUGCUGGGUGCAGCCAAGGCGCUAGGAUAA